GAAGUGAGCCAGAACUAUCACACAGGAAGGAAACCUAAAGAAACAUCUGCAACGCAGAGCGCGCUGAGAGAAAUCAACAAAACCCGUCCAUGACUGAGAGAGAAAUAACGGCGGAAUGACAAAAUACGAAAGACAAGGGGAGUCCAGGAAGUUUGACCCAAACUUCAGAGGGCCCAUUCACAACAGGGGUUGCACAGAUGUCUUCUGCUGUAUUCUCUUCGUCUUGGCCAUGUUUGGGUACUUUGCUGUGGGUAUCCUCGCCUGGUCCCAGGGCGACCCCAGGAAGGUGAUCUAUCCCACAGACAGCAGGGGGCAGUUCUGCGGACAAGAGGGAACACCUCUGGCGAAGAAGCCUCUGCUGUUCUACUUCAAUAUCUUGAAAUGUGCCAGUCCGCUGGUGCUGCUGGAGUUCCAGUGUCCCACCACACAGUUAUGCAUAGAAAGCUGUCCUAACAGGCAUCUCACAUUGUUGAAAGCCAAGACAAAUAAAGAAGACCGUGAAUACUACAGACAAUUCUGUAAGGAAGGAGUGGACAUCAACAUUUUGACUGUUCCUGAGAUCCUGAGGGACGGCUUGUGUCCUGCGAUGCUCAUGCCCAGUAAACCCUUCACGCGUCGCUGCCUUCCGGCUCUGGGAACGAGGAAAGGCGGGGUGGUGAUGGUGGGCAACGAGACCGUUCUGGAUGACGGAGAGGGCAAGCAAAUCAAUGCCACCAACGUGCUGGAGGCAUCAAAGAAGUCAAACUUGGUCGUCGAAGCUCGCCAGGUGGCCAUGAGAAUCUUUGAGGACUACACUCAGUCGUGGCAUUGGAUAUUGCUUGGUCUGGUGAUUGCCAUGGUUGUCAGCUUGAUUUUCAUCGUCCUGCUGCGAUUCUUGGCAGGCGUCAUGAUCUGGGUCAUGAUUUUCUUGGUUAUUGUGGUCAUUGGAUACGGUAUUUUCCACUGUUUCAUGGAGUUUAAGAGCCUGAAGGGAGAGCCUGGUUCUGACGUCACCAUCCGUGACCUGGGCCUGCAGACGGACUUCUCUGUCUACCUGCAGAUCAGACAGACGUGGCUGGCUUUCAUGAUCAUCCUGGCUAUCGUGGAGGUCAUCAUCAUCCUGCUUCUCAUCUUCCUCAGGAAGAGAAUCCUGAUUGCCAUCGCCCUUAUCAAAGAGGCCAGCAGAGCCGUCGGGCACGUGAUGUCAGCGCUGUUCUACCCGCUGCUGACCUUUGCCCUCCUGGCUGUGGUGAUUGCUUACUGGGCCAUCACUGCUGUAUUCUUGUCCACCUCUAAUGACCAGGUGUACAAAGUGUUCAACAACUCUGAGUGCGAGUUCUCACGAGAUACCUGCGACCCCAAGACAUUCAACACCUCCAACGUUUCAGCUCAGUGCCCUGAUGCAGAGUGCAUGUUUGCCUUCUACGGUGGUGAAACACUCUACCACAAAUACCUAAUUGUGUUGCAGUUUUACAACGUCUUCCUCUUCUUCUGGUGUGCCAAUUUCGUGACGGCCCUGGGCCAGGUCACUCUUGCGGGGGCCUUUGCCUCAUAUUACUGGGCCUUCAAGAAGCCUGGUGAUAUCCCCGCCUUCCCCAUCUUUUCCUCCCUGGGACGAGCCCUCAGAUACCACACAGGCUCUUUGGCAUUUGGCUCUCUGAUCCUGUCUAUAGUCCAGGUCAUCAGGGUCAUUCUGGAGUAUCUGGAUCACAAGUUGAAAGGAGCUCAAAACAAGUUUGCUAAAUUCAUGCUAAAGUGCAUGAAGUGCUGCUUCUGGUGUCUGGAGAAAUGCAUCAAGUUCCUGAACAGAAAUGCCUACAUCAUGAUUGCCAUCUAUGGAAAAAGUUUCUGUACGUCAGCUCGAGACGCCUUCUUCCUUCUCAUGAGGAACAUCAUCAGGGUGGCUGUUUUAGACAAAGUGACAGACUUCCUGCUGUUUCUUGGAAAGCUCCUCAUUGUUGGAAUUGUUGGAAUUUUCUCUUUCUUCUUCUUCUCUGGAAGAAUCAGAGCUGUCGAGCAGGCUACUCCAUCUCUGAACUACUAUUGGGUACCAAUUAUGACGGUGGUAGUGGGAUCUUACCUCAUCGCCCACGGCUUCUUCAGUGUGUACGCCAUGUGCGUGGACACACUCUUCCUCUGCUUCUUGGAGGACCUAGAGCGCAACGAUGGAACAGCAGAGAGGCCGUACUUCAUGUCGCAGAGCCUGCUCAACCUCCUAAAGAAGUCCAAUGAACAGCCCAAAUCUGUAGAUUAAAUGUGUGUGUGUGUGUGUGUUUGUGUGUGUGUGUGUUUGUGUGUGUGUGUGUGUGUGUGUGUGUGUGUGUUUGGAUUAAAAAAAGGAACAGAAAAAGUUAAAGUGCCAUUUCCUUCAUUUUGGUUGUUUGUGGUGCUUCAGAUAAUAUCAUCAACACCACAGUAUUACAGUAACUAUUACUGGAAGUCCUUUCUGUUCUCUGUAUAUUUUGAUUUUGUAUUUUCUUACAAAAAUGUAAACUCUUUAACCAACAAGUGUGCCCUACAAAUUCUACAGCCCAAAUCUGUACAUUAAAUUUGUUUGUGCGGAGUGUGUAUGUGUUUGUUUGUUGUCGAAUGAAAAGAGGAAUAGAAAACGUUUAAUUGCCAUUUACUUUAUUUUGUUUGUUUGUGAUGCUUUGAUGAGUUCAUCACCACCCCAGUAUUACGGUAACUAUUACUGGAAAUCAUUUCUGAUGUCUGAAUGAUGUUUUGAUUUUGUAAUUUCAUACAGAGGUUUGAGCCUAUUGUCUUCCUGUACUUGCCCAACGAGUGUGAUUAUUUUAUAGAAAGAAUACAGGGAGCUUGAGUUAUAUAUCUUGUACUUAAUUUAAGCAACAGUUUGCCUUAAAAUCCUGUGUUUUUAUUUUUUAUUGUACAUUUUGGCCUUGAUGGUCCUUUAUUUGUGCAUGUUCUCUCAUACAGUCUGUGUGGCAGUGUCAAUAUCUUUUAAUGAGAUCGCCAGUUUAUGGCAGAUGUAGCCUGUUUAUUAUUACAUGAAUAAAGCUGUGCUUAAUCAGUUUAACAAAGCAUAUUGCACUAGCAUUAGCUCACCAAAGCAAUAUUGCAAACCUGCAGGCGAUUGAAGCUUAGUAUGAUCCUAUUACACUGCCUUAAGAGAUUAUAAAUGACUCCAGUGGUUUAACUUGGAUUUACAGUGUUGUUUCAAUAUAGCGUGUUCUUUCAUGUUUAUAUGGAAUAUAUCCAUAAAUAAUGUACAAAUUUUGAGUUUGUAAAAGUUUUGUAUUGCAUUUUUAUUGUUGUAAACCAAUAAAAUAUUAUGUUGUCA